CCACAUUCCCUCGUUUUCUUCUUCGUGUUUUCUUCUCUCUUAUCUUUUUCUAUCAUCUCAGUUUCUUCGUUGGUAAAAAGAAAUAGCACGGACCGUCUCAACGACCGUCGUCAUCUCGGACCGGAAUCCGCCGACACCACCACCGCCGUUACCCCUCUGUUAUCUCCGGUAUUACAAUCGGUCGUAUUGAACAACUCUCGUUGGUAGGGUUUGGAGCGAUUCUAUUUCUUGGAAAUUUGAAUUUGGAGGAGAGAUAAAGUUAGGGUUUUCUGUUAUUUGGGAAAUUGCAGAGCUAAAGUCAGGGUUUGUGUAAUUUGGUUUUCUUAAUUACGGGGAAGAUACGUUUUUGGGGGUGAGAGGAUAAUGUGUAUACUCUGCGUGAUUCAGAAGUGGUCACGACGGGUUGCUACCAUGCUUCCGUGGUUAGUAAUUCCACUAAUUGGCCUGUGGGCCUUGUCCCAGCUGUUGCCGCCGGCGUUCCGAUUCGAAAUCACGUCGCCCAGGUUGGCGUGCUUCUUCGUAUUGUUGGUUACCCUUUUCUGGUACGAGAUACUAAUGCCGCAGUUGUCCGCUUGGCGGGUGCGAAGGAAUGCCUGGAUUAGGGAGAAGAAGAGGUUCGAGGCUAUCGAAAUGCAGAAGCUUCGUAAGACGGCUACCCGAAGGUGUAGGAACUGUUUGACCCCGUAUAAGGAUCAGAACCCUGGUGGGGGACGGUUUAUGUGUUCCUACUGUGGACAUGUAUCGAAGAGACCGGUUUUGGACCUCCCUGUACCACCUGGAUUGGGGCUCUCAAAUUCUGGGAUUUUGAAGGAUUUGGUUGGGAAGGGUGGGAAGAUAUUAAACGGAAAGGCAUGGUCUGAUAACAGUUGGGUGUGCGGUCAAGAAUGGAUAGAGAAUGGUAAUUGGGUCAGUGGGUCUUUUGCUGGAAAGUCUAGUUAUGGGAGGAAGAAUGGGGGCGGAUUUUUCAGCGGCGAUGACCAUUGUAUGGCCGAUAAUUCUUAUUCACGGAUUCUUAUUUUUGCCUGCAAGAUAUUGACAGCUUUUUUCUUGAGCAUUGGAUGGCUCUGGCGGAAGAUCACUAGGGUUAGUUCAUCUAGAGAUGACGCUUCAUCAGAUGCAGAGCACAAGGGGAUGUUGGCUAAACAAGGAGAGAAUGGGGGGAACUCUCAGGAGAGUAGAGGAGAGAAAGCUCGCAGAAAAGCUGAGGAAAAGAGACAGGCUAGAAUGGAGAGGGAGCUAUUGGAGGAGGAGGAGAGAAAGCAGAGGGAAGAGGUUGCCAGACUAGUGGAGGAACGUAGGAGACUGAGGGGUGAGAAGAUGGAGGUUGAGAAAGAUCGUGGUAGGAAUUCAACUGCUGCCAGGGAAAAAGACAGUAAGAAGGAAACAGAGAAAAAGCGCCAACAAAAAAGGAAGGAAAAGGACAAAUGGUCUAGUAAAAGCAACUCGGAUGCAGAGGAACUGGAAAAGAGAGCAGGUAAGGAAAGUGAGCGGAAACGGGAGUUUGACAGGAGGACUGAUACUGAUCGAGGGGAACAUCACAGAACUAGUACAGAAAGUGCCAAAAACCUAAGCACAGAUACGGCACAUGGGAUUAAGGGUGCUAGUGCAAACAAUUAUAGCCGGGUAAAUGCUGGAACACGAUACCUGGACCGUGUGAGGGGUACUUUUUUAUCUUCUUCUAAAGCAUUUAGUGGAGGUGGUUUCUUUGGAAAGGGUGUUAAUACUCCUGCUGCUACUGUUUCAAGAGAAAACAAGCCUUAUGGUUCUGUAGAUCAGUUUCAACCUUCUGCUAAUUGGAGAGAAUUAUCACAACCCGCGAAAGCAAUUCCUAAUGGUGAUGAUAAAACCAUCAACCGUCCUGGGCUUAUUGAAUCACAACCAUUACCAGCCCCUAAAAAAUCAUGGCAACAGCUAUUUACUCGUUCAUCAACUGUUGCGCCAUCCACUAACACGAACGUCAUUAGUAGACCAAAUGGGAAGUCCCAAGCAGAAGUUCAAAACCCGGCUUUUUCUGGACUCUCUUCUUCUGUACAAUCGUAUGAUAACCCCAUUAGUUUUGGACUGCCCUCACCAUUUACCUUACCUACCUUUCCUUCCAUAGCAACAACUAGUAGCACAGUUCCUCCAUUAACAUCUGAAGCCAUGUUUCCUCGCAUCAGAGAGGCACCUCGUGAUUAUUUACCCGAAGAUGCUGACAUUUUUGAAGACCCAUGUUAUGUUCCUGACCCAGUAUCUUUGCUUGGGCCCGUUUCAGAGUCACUAGAUAAUUUCCAGUUAGACCUAGGCAGUGGAUUUGCAACAGACACGAGACUAGAAAAGCCACGUCCUUUAAAGAACAUAUCUGCAACAGCUGAAGUGAACAGGCUAUCACCAAUUGAGUCUCCGAUGUCACGCAUUCGAGUCUCUGACGGCAGGCAUUCUAAUUCUAGUCGAUUCUCAAGUUCACCCAAGGCCCAGGAUGUUGUUACCUCCCCAUUAAAUGAUUUAAAUACUGCAACUGAUAAUGGAACAUGGCAAAUGUGGAGCAGUUCUCCUCUUGGUCAAGAUGGUAUAGGUUUGGUAAGUGGUCCUGGGAGUUGGCUAGUAUCUCCAGAACUGAACAAAUCAACCUGGGAUGAUAUUGUGCAUCCUAUGGCUCAAAAGACCAUGGCAUCACUUUUCACAAGAGAUGAUCAAACUCUUGCUGGUACGCAUUCUCCUCAGAAGGUUUUCCUUGGCAAUAGCCAAAAUGGUGGUUUCCUUGGCACUAGCCAAAAUGUUGGCACCUUUCAUACUUCUGCUCCAGGUUCCACUGAUGAUCCGUGGUCAUCAAGUACUUUAUUUGGACCAAUGCCAGGAGCUGACAGCCACGUCUCUAUCAAUCCACGUCAGGAAGCCUCUCAGAAGGAAAUGAUGUAUGGUAGUCCCAAUUCAUCUGCAACUAACGGUCCAUUUGAAUUUUCUCCAGCUGAUUGUUGGGCCAAGAAGGAGUGGGCUGUACAGAGUUCAGGUGAAGGCAUCGGAAACUCGUCGAUCCCCAGGCCCCAUAUUGGUGGUCUCUAUUCCACACCAGAUGUACAGUCACUUUGGUCGUAUGAUUGAAAAAAGGAAAGUGACGUGAGUUAUGCGGGACUUAAAUACACCUUUUCUGAAGGGGAAAACAGCCUCUUUUGGAAGAGUUUAGAAUACUGAACACUGUAUCUCCUUUUCUUCUUUAUAAGGGGGAUUUACUUACAAUAGCAUGAUUAGUAUAACACACGCAUGCACUAGAACAUCAGGUAAAUCAUUUUCGCGUCAAUUUUAUUUCCGUCUUCUUUUC